GACACCUAUUCCGAGGGCACCUCAGAUCGACGGAGGCAGCGCCAGCUCCAGCCCAGGGCCCAGCCCGUCGGGUUCCGGCUGCCGGCGCUGAGGGCUUCCAGGAAGGGCGAGCGCAGGUCCCGGGCGCCGUUUUGGUCUGGCAGUAGCCGAGAAUAAUGGAACCUGAUCAGGACAACAAAAAUCAAGUACUCAAAGAACAACAGCUGGAUGAAAAAUCUAUGAAUGAUGAACAAAAUGAGGGAUUACUUGAUGAAAUUAGAAAGAAAAAUAUCCAGCUACAGGAGGAGAUCCAGAAGCUUGAAGCUAAGUUACAAGAGCCCACCAAAGACUUCCAGAUUAAAGAGGAUAUUCCUGAGACACAGAUGACAUUCACAUCAUUAGAGAAUCCUGAGAAUGACAGCCAGUUUUUAAAUAUCUCCUGUUCAUUUCAAGUGAGCUCACAAGUAUCUUAUGAGCUACAGGAAGGACAAGCACUUAUCACCUUUGAAAAAGAAGAAGUUGCACAAAAUGUGAUAAGAAUGGGAAAGCAUCAAGUGUGGAUAAAGGAUGUGAAUGUGGCGGUCACAGCCAAGCCAGUUCCACUGAAUGCUGGGGUCAGAUUCCAGGUUCGUGUAGAAGUCUCUCAAGUGAAGAUCAAUGUUACUGAAAUUCCCGAUGGAUUGCCUGAAGAUCAGACGAGAGACACACUAGCGCUGAGUUUUAGCAAGUCCUGGAAUGGAGGUGGGGAGGUGGAAAGCGUGGAGUAUGACAAACAGUCCCGAAGUGCUGUCAUCACAUUUGUGGACACUGGAGUCACCGACAAGAUUCUGAAAAAGAAAGACUACCCUGUUUACAUAAAUCAAAGCUGCCAUAGUGUUGUUGUUUCUCCAUACAUAGAAAAACGCUUGCAAAAGUAUCAGGUAUUUUCUGGAAUAUCUAAGAGGACAGUGCUCCUAACUGGACUGGAACACAUUCGGAUGGAUGAAGAGACUGUGGAGGAUUUGGUUAGCAUUCACUUUCAACGGGAGAAGAACGGGGGUGGAGAAGUAGAAGUUGUAAAAUGUUCCCUUGGUCAGCCACACACAGCAUAUUUUGAAGACUAGACUGAUGCUUCAUAUGAAAACUAUAACUUUUUAGUCAAAUCACUGUAAACAUUUGGCAAAAUGAAUACCCCUUUCUUUAAAAAAUGGUCACUUCUUUAGUGUCCAUUUAGUCUUAGAUACAAAAUAUAUUUCCAAGUUUUGAAUUCUUCUUUGUUUCAAACUCUGCUGCAUGUUUACAAAUGCCUAAGUGCAAAGUGUUAAAAAUGGAUGUGUUUAUAAAUGAGGUGGAUGGGUUCCAUGUCUAUUGAAAUCAACUGUAAGUGAGCCCCUUGUCCCCCUGCCUGUCUGUGUUGGCUUAUGCUGUCAUGGUCAUGUAGGCCAAUUCCAUUUUGGCUUCAUGCCCACCAAUAUGUAGACUCGAUGCUUAGUCCUUUCCAAAAGAAACACUAAGAAAUUUGUGAUUUCUGUAGACUUUACCGAAGAUUUCAGGAACGAUCAUGUCCCUCUCUGUGUAACAUUUCACUUUACAGUCCAAGGUUCUCUGAGCUCAUUGUGGUCUUUUUCUUGAACUCUCCUUCAUUCAGAAUACCAAGUGCCCCUUGAUUGCUUCCAAGCUACCCAACCCCACCUCCACAUGGAGUUUGUAAGAACCAGUAAUUUCCUUCUUUUAUGGGGUCGAUGGAAAGAAACAAUAUAAGACUGAAAAGCAUGAAUACGGAGAGAACUAUAUAUAAAGUUAGUGGUUUAUCACUGAUCAGAUUUAGGUGCUGGGGAAUGCCUUGAGACAUAAUAUGGUUCCUGCUCUCUAGGGGCUUAAAGUUUUGUUGGAGAGAGACCCAGUUUAUUAACAUUUUGCUAUUUUUAAUGUGUAGAAACUAUAAGGAUAAAAUUAAAGUUUCCAGGGCCCAGGGCUAUAGAUUAGCAGUACCUCACCUGCCUAGCAAGCACAGGGUUCUGAGUUUGAGUCCCGAUACCCGCCCCCCCCCCAAUUAGUUUCCUAUUCAGAGAUGGUAAAUUCUUUUUUGAUUAAAAAAAAUUGUUUUGGAUACUAUUUGUUCUUACAUAGUAUGUUUUGUGAAAAUCUGGAAACAGUUAAAUCCAUAUUUAAAUGAUAGCAGCAAUGAAUGUUUUUAGAAAAUAUUCUAAACCUAUCCAGUGCUUUCUGCCACCCAGCUCCCCCCUUCCGCCCUAAGAUUCAACCUAGGGCUUCACACAUGAUAGGCAAAUCCCUCACCACUGAGCUAUAUCCGUGCCCCGCUUCCUGCCCUUUUCCCAAAAAGGGAAAAGUUCCAGGGCCAGAGAUGUAGCUCAGUGGUUCCGCCCCCUGCCUCUCAAGCACAAGGUCCUGAGUUUGAUCCCCAGUACUAAAAAAAAGGGAAAAGUUUGGUUUUUGCUUCUGUUAUUUUAUUAUUAGGUUUCAAAUUUACUGUCAGAAGUAUUCAUUAUUCUCAUGUUUCUGUUACAAAUGAGAGAGGGAGCCUAGACACCAUAUAAUUUAUAAUAAAUCUUUUACAUUUACCAUGACAAACCUUUUGUUCUGUGGAAAAGGUGCAACUUUUUAAAGCCCUCGAAAAUAUUAAGACAGUCUUAGUCUGUUUUCUGUUGCUAUAAGAGGCUUAUUUAGCUUGUAACACUGGGGGCUGGGAAGUCCAAAAACAUGUCACUAGCAUUUUGGCAUGUGGUGUGGAAGGCCUUCUUCUUGUACCAUAAUGUGUAUGUAGGACAUCACAUAGUAAAGCAAGCUUGCCAGAGAGCUUGCUUUUGUAACAAAGCUACUUCCAUGAUGAUCCAUUAAUCUGUGAAUCUAUGAAUUCAUGAAAACAUUAAGCAUUUAUGAAGAGCAUAGCUAUCAUGACCCCGUCACUUCCCAAAGGCUUUACUUCCAAAUGCCAAUAAUAUGUGAAUUUGGGGAUUAAGUCUAUAAAACGGGAAUUUGGGGACACAUUCAGACAUAGCAAAGAAAACAAGUUUAAGGCACAUUUUUAAUUAACUGAGAUAGCUUCACUAGCACAGAAAGAAUUGUUUACAGACUGUGGCAAAUUGCUCACCAGGAAAGUAUUUUUUCUAAUAUUUAGGAAAAAAUUUGAAACACUCACUUUUGUUUCUUUGGGAGCUGCCUUUAGGCAGUAAAAUUGAUAAUUUCAUUCAAUUCCAAAUUUUCAUAAUGGCUUUUGAAAAAUGAUUUAUUUAUUAUGAUGUUUUCUUUGGGUUCUGUGUUGGUCAGCUUUCCAACGUGGCAAAAUACCUGAGAAUAACAACCUAAAGGAGGAAAGGUUAUUUGGGCUCAUGGUUUCAGAGGUUUUGCUCCAUGGUUGCCUGGAUCCAUUGUUUCUGGCCCUGAGGUGAGUGUAUCACGGCAGAAGGGCAUCGCGGGAGAAAGCUGUUCACCUUAUGGUGUCCAGCAAAGAGUGGAGGAAGGAGGUGCCUGAGAAGAAGGGACUGGUGACAAGAUACAGGUCCCAAGGACGUGGGUCCUUGGUCUACUCCCUUCAACUAGGAUUGAUGAGGUCAGAGUCCUUAGGGUCCAAUCACUUCUUAAAGCCCCACCUCUGAACUGUGUUGCACUUGGGACAAAGUCUUCAACACAUGACUCUUUGGGGGGACAUUCGAGAUCCACACUAUAAUAGGUUCCUUUCACCAUUACACAAGAGCAGUCUGGCUGGAUGUCUAACAGGGUCAGGGCUAGUUAGCACAGAACUUGGAUGGGAGAGUGCCUGGGAAUACUGAGUGCUGUAGGCUUUUGGUCUCCCUCUCCUUUCCUUUGCUUACAAAAAAGGAGGAGGAGGAGCAGAAGGAGAAGAAACAAAAAAAUCAAGCAAUGCUGAAUUUUAGUGGUUUCAUAGAGAUCUGUCUUUGAAAACUUACAAAGGUACUGUAUUGACUAUGUAACAAAUUGAAUACUAAUUAGAAGGCCUUAAAAUGUGUGUCCAAGGUGAGAUUGCUCUACUUAAUGUGUGAAGGUGAUACUGGAUGAUGGAAUCUUUUGACCCAGAGAGGGCCAAACACUGUAGGCACUCACUUCUGCACAGACAAAGCUCACCUGCAGGUUGGGGAAGGGAGAGGCUUCAUGGACUGGGGUUCUGGGUUGAAAGGAGCCAGCAGUUGGGGUCAGGAGUGCUUGGUAAUUUCCACUGGUCAGGAGCAUAGUUCCAAAAGAUGUUUCUUCUUGGGAUGGUUUUCGAUUACUGGGUGGCCACGGUCAACUUGUCCAAGAAGCUGUUGAAUUUUGUGUAUCUGGUGCCCUAAUUCUGUGAAAGACAUCCUGGCCUUAUGGGUCUGGAUCCUGUUACAGAGCCAACAAAUUUUAGAUGCCUGGGCUUUAAUGGCUUCUGUAGAAGCACAGGAGUAGAGGCAGAAAAGA